GACAAUUUAGAGAUCCAUUUUGAUUUAUUCCAUCACACCCCAAAGCCAAAAAAUGAUAAAAUUUUGGCUCGAUCGGAGAUAUGGAAAAAACCAAUCAAGGAGUAAAUUCUCUCCAACCUAAUCCCAAACUACCACCACCAUCCAGACGGGCCAGUCAACACACGCGGACGGUCAGAGUCUCAGAGAGAAAGAAGCCAAGGCCGAACUCCACUGUCGCCCAGACGCCGCCGUCGCCGCCGACCGGGUUAGCAUGUCAAGGAACAUUUUAUAAGGAAAAACACGGAAACCCCAUUAAUGAUUAGUAUAGCUAGCUAACUUGGAUUAUGAGGAAUGAUCCACUGGAAGUGCUUGUGCAUUUGGUUUUGUGGUUUACAAAUGGCUGGAUUGCUCUGGUAGAUUGCUGAAUUCCAUGAUUGCUAGUUUCAUUGAAAAUAGGUUGGUUUAGACAUAUCAAAUCAGAUCGAGCGUGUGGAAUUGUAGAGAAAAUAGGUAAUUUAAGGAAGCGAAAUAGUUCCCAAGCUACCGUAGUUGCAAAAAUGGCAACUCGAAUCGAAGGCCCAAAACAAAAGUAUGCCACUAGCAGUCUUGUGUUGGGCUAUGCCUUAUGUUCUAGCUUGCUUGCAGUGAUCAACAAGUUUGCAAUAACCCACUUUAACUACCCAGGGCUCCUCACUGCAUUGCAGUACUUCACUUCAGCUUUUGGCGUUUGGGGUUUGGGGAAGCUAGGGUUGUUGCACCACGAUGCAUUUAACUGGGAAACUGCCAAGAAAUUCUUGCCUGCUGCCUUUGUUUUUUUCUUGGCGAUUUUCACAAACACAAACCUUUUGAGGCAUGCCAAUGUCGACACAUUCAUAGUGUUCAGAUCGUGCACCCCUCUUCUAGUCGCCCUCGCGGAUACAGCUUUCCGGAAGCAACCGUGCCCGUCCAAGCUCACGUUUCUGUCACUGGUCAUUAUAUUGGGAGGAGCGGUCGGAUAUGUCGCGACUGAUUCGGGUUUCACCCUGACCGCAUAUUCUUGGGCAUGUGCUUAUCUGGUCACCAUUACUACCGAAAUGGUUUACAUCAAACACAUGGUUACCAAUCUUGGGCUGAACACUUGGGGAUUCGUGCUGUAUAACAACUUGCUCUCGCUGAUGAUGGCUCCCCUGUUUUUGAUCAUUACAGGGGAGUAUGCAGAUGUAUUUGCCUCUAUAGGAUCUGGUCUGGGGAACCUAUUCAACCCUGUUGCGUUCUUUGCAGUUUUGCUCUCUUGCAUGUUUGGCUUGCUAAUUAGUUUCUUCGGAUUCGCUGCAAGGAAGGCAAUAUCUGCCACUGCUUUUACAGUGACGGGCGUGGUAAAUAAGUUUCUUACAGUCGCUAUUAAUGUCGUCAUCUGGGAUAAACAUGCGAGUCCAUUCGGGCUGCUAUGUUUGCUUUUUACCAUUGCUGGUGGUGUUCUUUAUCAACAAUCAGUAACUGGGGUUAACAAUGCUCCACCACGUAUUGAAAUUAAGAAGAACCUUGACGGUGACGAGGAAGACGAAGAUGAUGUUUCUGCCAAAGCAUCCGGUGUAUGAUCUUUUGAGCACGGUACCACUAUUAAAUCCUAAUAUGGCUUGGUAAUCAUUAUUAUAUGUUUUAUUAUGGAUUCCCGUCGUUAAUUUGCAUGACGGAAGCAAAACUAGUAAUCGAAUUCUAGGGAUUUUUCUCAUGAAGAGUUGUUAGUAGAUUGGGUUUCAUGCAUGUUAUUUCUUGUCAACUUGAAGGAUCAAACUGUUGAAGAAAUUAAAAAGCCUUAU